CGCCGGCGCCCGGAGGAGGCUCGCCCGAGGCCGCCUCCUCUUUCCCUUCGCCGUGUCCUGCUCGGCUCGGCUCGGCUCGGCUCGGCUCGGCUCCUGGCCGGCGGGCUGGCGCCGAUGGCGGCCGGCGCGCCGUGAGGGACGGAACGAUCCCGCGGCCGCUGGCCCCCAUGUCAACGUCCUCGUCCAUGUCGGUGCCCAUGUCGGUGUCUGGGGCGGAGCCGGGCCGGGACUCAGCGGAGCCCGCGAGCGCCGGGCCUGGAGCGCGGGGAACCGCUGGCGCCCCCGCCGUCUUCGUGCUGCUGGAAGAGCGGCGGCCCGGAGGGCCCUCCGGAAGCAGCGGCGGCGGCGGCGGCGGCGGCGGCACAUCGGGUUCGCUGCUCAGCCUGAACUCCCUGCUCCCUGAGUCUGGGAUUGUGGCCGACAUUGAGCUGGAGAACGCCUUAUCCCUGACCCCAGAUAGCUUCUAUGAGCUGAAGAGUCAGCCCCUUCAUUCCAGCCUCCCUUCCCAGGCAGCCCCAGCAGCCUCUUCACAGCCUCCAGCUUCAUCGUCUUUAGUCAUGUCUUCACGAAUCCUCCUCCGCCAGCAGCUAAUGAGGGCCCAGGCACAAGAGCAAGAGCAGCGGGAGCGGCGGGAGAGGGCAGCCUCCACCACCUUCCCUAGUGGUCCAGCCCCUCCAGCAUCCCCAGCCAUCUCCGUGGUAGUUGGGGCUAGCCCUGGCGGCCCUUCUGGUGGGGUGGGGCUUCCCCGGCCAGCCUCUGCUCAGGUGCCAGUGGAGGUGCUGAAGGUCCAGACGCACUUAGAGAACCCCACCCGCUACCACCUACAGCAGGCCCGGCGACAGCAGGUCAAACAGUACCUGUCAACUACACUUGGCCCCAAGCUGGCUUCUCAGGCCCUGACACCACCACCAGCUGAGGGCACUUCAGCUGAGAGGUCCCAGCCAGCUGCAGGAAGCGCCCCCAAUAGCCCUAUGGCCCUUCUCAACAUUGGCUCCAGUUCAGAAAAGGAGGUAAGCCCCCAGCCUGGCCCUGGCCAGUGUGCUGAGCUCAAGACACACCUCCCCUUACCACCUGGUUUCCUCUCUGGUUCUCAGAUUGAUGAUGUGAUUGACGAGAUCAUCAGCUUGGAGUCCAGUUACAAUGAUGAGAUGCUUGGCUACCUGCCUGGAGGCCCUGGGGGACUGCAGCUCCCAAGCACACUGCCCGUUUCUGGGAACCUGCUGGAUGUGUACAGUGGCCCCAGUGCCGUGACCCCAGCUGUCCCUGUCAGCAACUCCUGCCCUGCUGAGCUGACCAGUAUCAAGCAGGAGAUCUCCGAGAACGAGGCAAAGGCCCUUCUGAAGGAGCGGCAGAAGAAGGACAAUCAUAACCUUAUUGAGCGGCGGAGACGGUUUAACAUCAAUGACCGAAUCAAGGAGCUGGGCACUCUCAUCCCCAAGUCCAGUGACCCGGAAAUUCGAUUGAACAAGGGGACCAUCCUCAAGGCCUCCGUGGACUAUAUCCGGAAACUCCAGAAAGAGCAGCAGAGAGCCAAGGAUUUGGAGAGCCGCCAGCGGGUGCUGGAGCAAGCCAACCGAAGCCUGCAGCUCAGAGUCCAGGAGCUGGAACUCCAAGCACAGAUCCACGGCCUGCCCUUGUCCCCCGCCCCCAAGGCCGAUCCCUCGGAGUGUAGCGGCCCGUCUCCCCUGCCCCCGCCUCCGGAAGCGCUCCUGGAUCUGCACUUUCCCAGCGAUCCCCUGGGGGAGCUGGGCGAAGAUCCCUUCCAGCUCGGCCUGGAGGACAUUCUGAUGGAGGAGGAGGAGGCGGCGGCGGCGGCGGCGGCCGGAGCCCUGGGCCCGAGCCCGGGGGCGGGGCUGUCCCCGCUGCGGGCCGCCACUGACCCCCUGCUCUCCUCCGUCUCCCCGGCCCAGUCCAAGGGGAGCAGCAGCCGGCGGAGCAGUUUCAGCAUGGAGGAGGAGUCCUAAUGAGGCCCCGCCUCCAGGGGCCCCAGGCGCAGACGCAUACGUUCCAUCCCCCCCUUCCCAUUCCCUCCUUCCCAUUCCCCCCCCAUUGGCGAGGGGCGGGGCCUGGACGGAAGAAGGGGUGCCGCCUCCUCCUUUCUCCCUCCCCUCCCCCGGCCCCAGAGUUUUAACAGUGGAAGCCCCGUGUUGACCCCGGGGGCUGCCCCGCUGCGGGUUGGACUGGGGGGAGGGGGGGAAUUGACGGCUCGCGGGGUCCGCUUCUCUUGGCAGACAAUAAAACAUGGCUCAACUUUGUUAAA